CUUCAGGCCCGGUGAGUCACCCCACUUGGGCUGUUCCCACCCUGUCGGCUCAGGCGGUUCCCUAAAGCUGGGCCUGCCCCCUGGUGGCUGGGCUCUGUCCCUGCAGGGCUGGCCGCCUGGGUGGGCGGGGCUGGUUGGCGGCCUCCCGUGUGCUGCUGCAGGGCCCAAGCAGGGUGUGGGCUAGGCAGGCAGGGCCUUCCCAGAGCAGGCUUGUUAAACCCCUCCUGAGUGAGGCGGCCCUGGAGGGGCCCAGCCAGAGGAGGUCGGGACCAGCUGCCAGGCCCAGUCACGCUGCUGGACGGUUGUUGGCCAGCAGCGGGGGGCAGGCCACCACCAGCCAUCACGCCCACCCCAGGAGAUUUCAUGCUCUGCACACCUCCUCCAGCCUGUCAGGGCCUCCCAGGUUGGCUCGCUCCCAUCUCCUGGCGCCUGAGGUUUGGCAGUGGGCCACUGCUCACCCUGAACCCAGAGUUAACAUUAGGGGAGGUUGUCAGUCCGGGGCCUGAGGAGGGAGAGGGUAGAAUUACAUUUUUGCAGCAGCGGCUCUGCUGGAGCACCUGUUCUGCCCCGGCUGGACUAUGCCCGAGGAGGAGUUCGUGGCUGGUUGGGUCUCUGGAGCUCUGGGCUUAGUCCUGGGACACCCCUUUGACACUCUAAAGGUGCGGCUACAGACCCAGACCUCCUACCGGGGCAUCGUUGACUGUGUGGUCAGGACUUACCGCCAUGAGUCACUUCUGGGCUUCUUCAAGGGAAUGAGCUUCCCCAUUGUGAGCAGAGCUGUGGUCAACUCCAUUGUGUUUGGGGUCUACAGCAACACCCUGCUGGCGCUAACAGCAACCUCCCACCAGGAGCGGCGGGCCCAGCCGCCCAGCUGCAUGCAUGUCUUCAUAGCAGGCUGCACAGGGGGCUUCCUGCAGGCCUACUGCUUGGCCCCUUUUGACCUCAUCAAAGUCCAGCUACAAAGGACGGAGCCAUGGGUGCAAUCGGGGAGCCCCCCACCCCGGUACUGGGGACGGGUGCACUGUGCAACCUCCAUCUUCCAGGAGGAGGGACCCCGGGGGCUGUGGGGAGCCUGGGCCCUGACGCUGAGGGACACCCUCACCCUGGGGAUCUAUUUUGUCAUCUAUGAAUGGUUCUGUCGCCAACCCACCCUAGAUGGCCAGAACCCCAGCUCAGGUACAGUGCUGGUGGCAGGGGGCUUUGUCGGCAUCGCCUCCUGGGCAGUGGCCACCCCCUUGGACGUGAUCAAGUCCCGGAUGCAGAUGGCCAGGCUGAAGCAGAGGGAGUACCGGGGGGUGCUGGACUUCGUGGUAAGCAGCGCCCGGCAGGAAAGACUGGGGGUCUUCUUCCGGGGGCUCACCAUCAACAGUGCCCGCGCCUUUCCCGUCAACGCCGUCACCUUCCUCAGCUAUGAAUACCUCCUGCGUUCCUGCGGGUGAGCCUGGCCAGGCAAUGCCCGCAGCUCCCCAGCGGCGGCCCUGCUCAGUGACCCAGAUGGGAGGCCAGGGCGGAAAAGCCCCUUGCGGUUCGGGUGUGAGGCUCAGCCCUGCUCUGGAUCACCGCGUGGCCUCACAGGCGCAGCCAGGGCUGGGGUGCCGGAGGCCAGGGCCCUGGACUCGCCCAGACCCGGGCUGCUCUCAGCCUCCCAGUAACACGUGCCUCAUUCCUGUGCUGCCCAAGCCCGAGGUAAACUGGCUAGCCCAUGAGCUGUGACCUUCUGGCCCCGGCCAGUGAUGUCACCCCUCAAAGAGCUCUCAGGGCCUGCACUCUGCUACUGGGUGCUAGCCACCCCCUGGAUUCCAGCGACUGCGUCCUCAUCUGCCUUCCACCUCGCCUCCUUUCAAGCGCCCCCCCACCAAAUGACUUGAGUGGAUUUUGUGCCUCAGAAUCCUUCGGUGGCUCCCAAAACCUUACGGACAAAACCAAACUCCCCCACCUACCGGGCUCUCUCUGCACAGGAACCUUCCUGUCCCUCAGCUUCGGCAGCCCGGCCCUGCCUGAGAACAAGCUGUGUUCUCACUGUCCUGGGCCCGGAAGCCUUGUCCCCACCGGGGAAAGCGAGCAGUGCCUGCAGCGACCCCGUCAUCCCUCUGGCUGAGCCCACUCGCAGUCGCAGGCUGAGCACUGUCUCCUGGAGUCCUUCCUCCGCUUGUCUCCGGCCCCAGGCAGACUCUGGGGAGGCCAGUCCCACCUGCACGCCAUGAUCAUAGCCUCACCUGUGCUGGGUCGUAGUUGCUGAUUCGCUUCUCAGCUUCCCCCUUACACUGGGAGGUCCUUGAGGUCAGGUCCUACUUUGGAUUAUUUCUCAGCAUGGAGCCCCAUGCGAUGCUCAAGGCGCCCGGGGAAAUGCUCGCUAGAUGAAGCGCUGAUUGCCAAUCCAACUUCUCUCCCUCACUCCAACCCGCACACCUGCUUCCUUGGCUCUUGCCCCCUCCACUGAGAGGUGUGGCUGCCUGGGCCCCUCUUGGGUGCCAGAAAUGGGGGUGCCACCUCACGCACUCCCAUCCGCAUCCCGUGGCACUUGUUUACCCAUCUCAAUUGCUAAGUGGGAAUAAAAACUAGCUAAGUGGUGUCAUUUAACUGCAAUAAAGCUGAGCAGUUUGUACCUAC